UAAUUCACUCUUCUUCAGACCACGCUCAACAUGUGGUGUAUAAAGUAAAAUAGAGUAUACAAACAGCUUGGAGUUAGUACUGAAGGUAUGCGCGCGCGCUCGAGCACGCGACAACUUACUACUCCACAACACACAAAACGGACUCUGGUUUGACAGUUAUGAACGUUUGCUUAAGAAGCACUUCCUUUAAACCGUAAGAUUGGAUUGAAAAGACGUGUGUUGUGUAAUAUCCCACUUUCUGAGUUGCUUGAUUCACAUUUCUGUCGUUUAAAAUGGUCACCAACCGGCGCGUCUCGCGCGGCUCUGGACGAUCCGGAUUCCCUCACAUUAAUCUGAAAUGCGCACAGCUUCCUGAACACCUCCAGGCUCAAUAGUGCUGGAGCCUCGGACACAUUUCAUCCUUUCCUCAUCGAUUGUGACGCCAAACUCCUCUCUCCCUCUGCUGAGGGAGCACUUGCCGACCACCUGUACCUCUGCUGUCCAGUACACGAAAGCAGACUGCUGGAAUGGCUUCUAAAUCUCAUCCGCCUCUGAUGAAGAAACACAGUCAGACCGAUCUGGUGAGCCGACUCAAGACUCGUAAGAUCCUGGGCGUUGGUGGAGAGGAUGAUGAUGGAGAGGUGCACAGGUCAAAGAUCAGUCAGAUGCUGGGGAAUGAGAUCAAGUUUGCGGUUCGAGAGCCUGUGGGCCUGAGGUUAUGGAUUCUCUUCUCUGCUGUGGUUUUCACAGUCAUGGCCCUUAUGGCCCUAGUCUUCCCCAACCAGCUGUAUGAGGUUGUAUUUGAUCAGGAGCAAACAGCCACCAGUGUCUCUAUACGUCUCUAUGGAGGGGCCAUUCUCAGUCUCUCUCUGAUCAUGUGGAAUGGCCUGUACACUGCUGAGAAGGUUAUCAUCCAGUGGACGUUACUUAGUGAGGCUUGUUACUUCGCCAUCCAGUUUUUAGUGACCUCCGUCACUCUGGUGGAACUGGGCUCCCUGCCAAACGCUGCCAUCCUCCUCCUCCUCAGUCGCGUAUUCUUCCUCACUGUCACGCUGUCCUACUACUACAAUCUGGGACGCCGGCCCAAGAAGAUCUGAGAGCCCCGCACACACCUGAGUGACGGGCCGCGGGGCUGGAGUUUCCAUCUGAAGCUUUGAACAGUGACACAGUCAAACAACAUCAACCUGUUCAUCUGGCGUCGAGCCUUACUGCAAGGAUGACGCCAACCAGGCCUUCAUUUUAAUUUCAACUUACACACAACACAAGAGUUUGCCUUUUUUAUGGGAAAUGCUCACAAUCUGGUAAAAUGAAUUCCAUUUUUAUUUCAGAGAGUGUGCAGUCACAGUGUAGCCCUCCUCAUUCAGCGUUUAUCACGUAAAGUAUUGCACACCGUAGCCGAGCUUGAAAUGCUGGCGUAAUUGUCUGUAGCUAAUGUAUCAAUAAAACUGUAAAUCAUUUCAUGUAAUAAUGCCAAUGACUUUGAGCUUGUAGUCAUGUUACGUGCGUGAGGGUGGUUAGUGAACACUAGAAUGUGUGUUUUCUGUGUAGGUCGUUCAUUAUUUGAGCAGUUGUUACUGGUUGGUGUAUUUGUGUCACUGCUGUAUCACUGAACCAGGAACAACCUGCUCUAUAUGAGAAUGGUUAUCAAAAGAUUAGUUUGUUUGGUUAGCUAGUUUGACCUCGAAAACCCCUCUAGUUGCACUGUUUCAGGAACUCCGGUUUGAACUAAUUAUUCAUGUUUCAGAUAACAACUCUUAUCCAUAUUUUUCUUAUUGUCAAGUUCAUUUUCAUCAAGAUUUCAAAGUGCAUAUGAACAAGAAACACCUUUUUCUUUUAGUAGUAAUGCCACAGAACAUGGUUUUGUAGCACAAUGGUAUGUUUCAUUCAUUUUAAUAAGCAAUGUAGCAGUAUUUUCCCUCACAUUUCCCCAAUGUUGCCUUAAUAUGCCAAACUGCACAAGUGUUCCACAUGUCAGCACACUGCCAGAUGUUUGUAUUCCUCAAAAGAACUGUAUAAAUAUAUAUAUAUUUUUUGUUGAUUUGCAAUUUUACAGUUGCUUAUUUAUUGGCCUGCCCAAAAGUUUUUGCAUACAGUAGGUUAGUUUUUAGUGGUAUCACUUGCAUGUUUAUUGUCUGAGUUGUUCAGUCAUUGUAUGCCCUUGAUGACAAUUCUUGUGCGAGUUCUGCUGAGACAAACUGCAAAAUCAAAAUUAGCAGUGUGUAUGUAUUUAAAAGUUUGCUGCCUUGUGUGUAGUGUUGUCAAAGGGACCGACCGCGAUACAAGUCGGUAGUGAAAAAUUUUAAAAAUGUGACAAUGAGCGCUGUUGAGCGGAUUCGUAAAAACCUCUGACUGGCCAUUGUGUUAAAACGCUCAUCAGAUAUGUCUGUGAUUGGCUACAAUAAUAAAUGCACGGGAGCGUUUGAAAGCGCACAGAAGUUUUUGAAUUUGAAAUUGGAAGCGGGAGCGUUUGAAAGCAGGCGUGUAUCAGCGGACUGGUCCUCUGAUAUUGAAGGCCAAAAGGUUAAAAAACACAUUUUUUAAAAUGUAAAAUAUGUUCAAAAUGUUGAAUUUUAAAAUGUAAAAUAUGUGUAUUUAAUGUUUAUUUCAUGGGUUAAGUACGUUUGCGUGUGAAAAAUCAGCACGUUGUGAUUCACAUGCUUUUGAACCUUUUGGCCUUCCAUACACUGAUAGAUGCCUGCUUUCAAACACUCCCAUGUGUAUCUGUGUAAACGUUGUAAAUAGACAUCAGUGACGCUCUUCACUGAGCGCUUAAACAGUUACACAUGGGAGCGUUUGAAAGCAGGUGUCUAUCAGUGUAUGGAAGGUUUUUAACACGUCAACAACACCGUAAAAUACAUGCAUUUCGCAUGUAUUUCUCGCGUUAAAUGCGUAUUGUUUGUAUGUGAAAAAUCAGUGUGGUAAAUGCACGUAUUGAACAUUUAACGUGUAGAUUUUUCACAUUUAACCCAUGAAAUUUGCGUUAAAUACACGUAUUUUACGUGUUGUUGUGUUAAAAUUCACUUGUUUUUGAACCUUUUGGCCUUCCAUACGCUGAUAGACACCUGCUUUCAAACGCUCCGAUGUGUAUGUAUUUCACGCAUUAAAUAUGUGUUGUUUGUGCAUGAAAUUUAAAGUGUGAAAUACGUGUUAAAUACACAUAUAGUACGUGUUGUUGACGUGUUAAAAUUCACUUUUUUUUUUUUUACCUUUUGGCCUCUGAUAUCAGCGGACCGGUCUCCUGAUAGACGCCUGCUUUCAAAAGCUUCGCUUUAAAAGCGCUUUCAAAUUCAAACACUUCUGUGUGCUUUCAAACGCUCCUAUGCAUUGAUCAUUGUAGCUAAUCACAGACAUAUCUGAUGAGUGCGUGAACACAAAGGCCAAUCAGAGGUGUUUACAAAUGCACUCAACAGCGCUCAAAGCGUCACAUUUUUUAAAAUUUCAGUACCGACUUGGUAUCGAAGUCAGUACUUUUAACAACGUAUUUACUGUUAUUUUUGAAAGUGUCCAUUAGUUGCAACAUCUGCUAAAAGCAUAAUAGAAUUGGAAGCAUUUUAUAACUUUAAUAGCAUAACUUGGAUUUUGGAAAAAUGUUGAUCGGAUAUAUUGAAGGAAGCAAUACAACCUAUACAGGAAAUUUCUGUUAAAUGUUAUGUGCGAGGCUACCAUGCUUGUUGGUUGUUUUCAUAUAUGAUAGAGCUUCAGUGGAGAAAAAAAGUCUCUGUUUGUGUACAGUAUUUGGACAAAAGUAACAGAUACUCUUUCCAAGGUUUAAUUAGGUCUUCACAUUUAGCUUGGGGGUAAUAAAGAACUUCAGCCUUGUUGAGGCUUACAUUUCUUUCACAACCCAGUUUGAUUUAGUCUCUUUGUUGUCUUUACUUGCGAACAUGUAGUUCAAAUCUCAGUACAAACCUUUCCUCUUACUGUUCUGAAAAUAUAUUAAACCAAACCAAUCCUAACUGGUAAUUCAGAAUAGGCACGGCUGUUACUCUAUGUUCUGUUCCUCUCAUUAAAAAGCAAGCUCUCGUCCCUCUUAACACUCGCUCAGCUAAACGAUGACGGCAAAUGGCAAACAUGAAUCAUUUGUUAUUCAUGUCUCCAUGAUGAGAAUUGUGUUGCCAUGCUAUUAGAAAUAAAUAUCCAGUUAGCUGCUAGUGGCUUCAGCUGUCUGCCGACGGUAUACAUAAUGCUUCUGAAGGGAUGUUAAUGUACUUUUUAAUUGUGUGUGUAAAUAUUUUAUUGAGAAAUGUUAUUGUUAUGGACCUGCAUCGUUAUCUUUUUGGAAUAAAGAAAAUGUACAUUUAUCGCAA